CUUAGGGCUUUAGGUGAUGGGAGACGCUCGAGGAUGGCGGCGGGACGAUUUCAAGGCAUCGGUUCUUGCGGAGAGGUGCCUGAGGACGCGCAUUGUGUUUGCGCUCCGGUUCCCGCCGACAUUGGAGCUGGCGCCGCCUCCCCCGCGCUUCUUGGCCGCCGCGACGAGCGAUGGCAGCGUUGGGAUUCAUCCCAUUUGCCGAUCUCCUCCUAUCUCGGGCAUAGCGGAGACCACUGACGAAUUGGCAAAACCAUGGUUGUCGCUCGCUGGACACGAUGGCCCGGCGUAUGGUUUGCUGUCAUUUGGAGAAGAUGGAAACAAAGUUCUUGCGAGUUGUGGGGAUGACGGACGGAUAGCGAUCUGGCGAUGGAACGACGUUUUGGAAAGAUUGGGCAGUGAUUCAAGCUCGGAUAUGCAAGAGCGGCCUGUUUUGGAGAUGAAAAUUCCUCAGCAGAGGGGUCAGCAUGGUUCUCUUCUACCCGUUGCCGAAGCCAAUGGUCUCGCAGCAGAUGCAGGGACGCUUUUCUGUGCUGCUGGCGAUGGCUGUGCUUAUGGUUGGGACUUGGAAACUGGACAAGGUUCAAUGGUAUUUCAAGGCCAUGCCGGUUACUUGCACUGCAUAGCGUCGAGACCAUCUCAGAAACAGUUAAUCACGGGAUCCGAGGAUGGCACCUGCAGAAUCUGGGACUGUAGAUCCGGCCGAUGCACAGCAGUGUUGGAUCCUUGGAAUGUACAACGAGUGGCAAGAGCAAAAUCCAGGCUCCCAUGGGUGAGCUGUGUAGCAGUGGAUGCUAGCGAGAAUUGGAUGGCGUGUGGGACUGGAGGAGGAUGUGUAACGCUUUGGAACUUGCCAAUGGUAGCAGCAGCAACGAGAAUAACGACCGCUGGAGCACCGCAAGACGUGGCCUUCACCACGGACGAGAUUGUGGUCGUCGGUGUUCAACCGCAUCUUUCUCGAUUCACCUUUGGCGGGAAGCUUUCGUCCCAAGUCGCUUGCGCUCCAUUGUCUUCCUUCGCCGUGUCACUCCAUCCAUCUGGAGUGACAGCUGUUGGUGGCCAUGGCGGAAUGGUGGAUGUGAUAUCCAGCUAUGGAAGCCAUCUGUGUACUUUUAGCUGCUAGCUUGCAAAGUUCUAAGAAAAUGCUUGGGACGUGUGAAAGAA